AACUGACUCCCGAACAAAGUCUGAACAACUGCAGCACUUGGACAAAGUGUGAACAACUGGACCACCCGAACAACACUUAUACAGCUGUAUUGCCCGAACAACGUCGGAACAGCACCUGAGACUUCAGAGAAAUAGUUAGACCGAAUCAAAAUGUCUGUCACCGAGAACUCGACGUCGACCUAUGAGGAACUAUCUACUGAACUUCGCAUCUUUCACUCUGUCUCCUCCAUUGCAAUCGCCAUCGCAGGAACUGUGGGCAACAUCAUCAGCAUCUACAGGUUGACUCGGAAGAGUCAAAGGCAGCAAACCUGUAACAUAUACCUUGUAAACCUCAGUGUCAACAACCUCCUAAGCUCCGGGAUCAUACUGCCCCUUAUCGCUGUCAACUCGUUCUUCAAUGGCUGGAUCUAUGGACUCGUGUUCUGCAAACUCUUUGGUUAUGUUCUGUAUACCAACAUUUGCGUUGAGGGUAAUGCUAUCACCCUUCUGACCUUCAACCGCUUCUUGAAGAUCGUUCACCCCAAUACCUACAACACGGUGUAUGGGAGGCCGAGGAACAAUGCCAUCAUCAUCGCCGUCAGUUGGCUUUUUUAUGCCGUGCUCUUAAUCUUCCCAGUGACUGACAUAAUGGGAGAGUUUGGGUACGACCCCAACAAGAAGUACUGUGGAAUGAGCAAGAAAGAUAAUUUUGCUUUGAUUAUUGCUGCGUGUUUUCUUUUAACGUCAGUUCCACUCAUUUGCUACAGCUACGUAUCCAUCUUUCUCACUUUCAAGAAAUCCAAGCAGAAGAUUGCAGAUAAGAAGACAGAUAUUACUUCCACUGAACAAACGAACACAGGAAUCAACUCCAGACAGGAAAUGCGAUUGUUGCGUAUGAUCAUUAUGAUUAUGGUAUGUUUCCUAUUGACGUAUACGCCUUAUUCAGUGAUAACUGUUGUGGAUCCACGCAUGGAGCUUGCCGGACGAUUGAUCAACACCAUCAUUAUCUACAUCUGUUGGUCGCACCUCUUCAUCAAUCCGAUCAUAUAUAUCCUGAAGAACCCCCAGAAGUGAGCGAAGGUCGUCUUGCGGCAGUCAGAGAAAGCCCAGCUGUAAACAACUAUUGACGGAUUACACACAUAA